AUGGGUGCUCCAAUACCUGAAAACGAUGAAAUGGGUCCCAUGCCUUCGGAUUUUAGCGCCGACGAACCGCCAGAAGGUACUGUGUCAGUGACUAUCGAUGGGAGUUUCGCUUGGGAGGUGAUCCCACGAGGUGGUUCCGGCAUACAUAGUUGUCUUCAGUUUAUCGGAAGCGAGGAUCGCAGGUCAAACCACCAUGUGAUCGAUAAAGAAAAUGAAAACUGGACAAAUCGAAGGAUCACAAUGAGACGGCGCUCCAAUUACCCAAUGAAGAAAUCCAUACGAUUUUGUGGAGAAGAAAGAAGACCGAGAAGAAGUGGAAAAUGA